CAAAAGAAAAGAAAGGAAAAAAUGUUUACGUGCAUAGCGUGCACAAAGCAAACGGAGGAUGGAGGGGAAGAAGAAGAAGGAGCGCGUGGAAGUGGCACACCGAGCACUAAAGAGGCUGUCAAAAGCCUGACCACGCAGAUCAAGGAUAUGGCAUUGAAAUUUUCUGGAGCUUACAAGCAAUGCAAGCCCUGCACAGGCUCUAGCAGCUACAAGACAGGGAGUCGACCGUAUCCGGAUUUCGAUGCUGCUUCGGAAGGUAUUCCAUACCCCUACAUGGGUGGAAGCUCUAGUUCAACGCCUGCUUGGGACUUCACUAGUGCCAGUCAUCGUCCAGGAAGAUCGGACUCGAGAUUUACAGGGGCAUUCAGUGGUGAAAGAACUUCGGUGUAUAGAGAGUCUUUCUCGGUCCAGGAUUUGGUGUUGGAAGAUGAGGAUGAGCCCAAGGAAUGGAUGGCACAGGUGGAACCUGGUGUUCAUAUAACUUUUGUGUCACUUCCUAAUGGAGGAAAUGAUCUAAAACGGAUUCGAUUCAGUCGGGAGAUGUUCGACAAGUGGCAAGCGCAGCGGUGGUGGGGUGAGAACUACGAUAGAAUCAUGGAGCUCUAUAAUGUAGAGAGAUUUAAUCGUCAGGCAUUACAUACUCCCCCAAGGUCUGAAGAUGAGACACAAAGGGAUUCGUCUUAUUCAAGGGUGGGAUCAGCAAUGGAAAGUCCCAUGCCUCAUUGGACACCAAGAAACAACUAUAGGCCCUACAGUGCAGGGCCUAGUGGUUUUUGUCCGGGUGGCACGAGAGGCGCUUCGUUUGAUGCUGCACGAACGACGACCUCGUCGAGAGAUGAGCCUUCUGUUUCGGUCAGCAAUGCCAGUGAAAUGGAGGCCGAAUGGAUUGAAGAAGAUGAACCCGGGGUUUAUAUUACCAUCAGACAGUUGGCUGAUGGCAAGGAACUCCGACGUGUCAGGUUCAGCCGCGAAAGAUUUGGAGAAGUAAAUGCAAAGCAGUGGUGGGAGGAGAACAGAGAUAGGAUACAAGCACAAUACCUUUAAAAAUUAUUAUACUAUUGAUCCAAAGCGGUGGAUCUAAAUGUGUGUUGAAUUUGGCUGUUCCCUCUCAAUUUUGGCUAUGAACCAGACACGUCCCGUACGCAAGUAGUGGGUAAAGAGUAGAGAAAGAAACAAGUUGAGAUUCUACGAGGCAGCAGGGUUUUUGUCAUCUUUGCUUAUGACAAAACAGUGUUAAAUGUAAUUUCACACAAACACUAAUCUCUCUCAAUUUUCAUUCAUCCCAGCUGCUGCUGGGAC